AUUCUUGAUGUUGGUCAAUCCGAGGACUGGCUCGCGUUGCAAAUGGCUCUUGCGCCUUGUUUAAUUGGAUACGGAGCCAUUGCCCAGAGACUGUACACGGACAAGGACACUCUUCGGCAGGGCAACCGAUACUGGAAGUGGAUUGAAAACUACGUUGCGGAGGACUACUCAGAGGCAGUUCGAUUGGGAUCUGAACUUCUUGAGAGACACAUGCGCGAAGUUUCUCCGAGCCGAAUGGAGGAGCUGAUUAAGAUCUUCAUUCGGGCAACGGAGUUAGAGAUCCGAUUCUGGGACAUGGGAUUGGGUGCUCGAUAAGAAAGAGAAGAAGGUCGAAGAAAUGGAUGUAUAGUUACGAGGCAGGGUUUAGUUCGGGAUGGCGAAAAAGACACGAGAUCCAAACAAUGCAAACAGGGCAUACAAUGCAUACCCGCCAGUCACGGGAGGCGGUGAGGGGAGCGACAAGCGGUGAAUGGACGGUGUCGGCCAAAAUCUGGCAUUUUGCCCAUCUUUGCCAUUCUCAUUCCUUGGGUCAAGUCUCCUGCACUAAUCCAAUCGGGAAAGCGUCGCCUUCGCCUCUUUUUCGCCUUCGACUUUUUUCUUCUCCUUCCCGCCCCAUCGCGACUAUUUUUUUUCUUCCUCCCCCAUCUCCCUUAUCUAUCUCCCCUUCCUCCUCAUCCUUGUUUUCCUUCUCUUGGACAUUCUUUCGUCCUUUACCCUCGGUCUUUAUUCUGGGAGAGACUAUACAACAUCCCCUUCCUUCAUUUAACCCCAUUCUUUUGAGUCUGUUGUUUUGCUCAGUUUUCUCAUCUCACACCCGCCAAUAAAAAAGACCGCAUAAUGUCUUACAACGGUGGCUAUCAGCGCGACCAGCGCGACUCCUAUCGACUUGGAUUCUUUACCCAAGUU